AUGCUGGCCCUUGAGCAGCAGCUCAUGGAGCAACAACUCGCUGCCGAGAAGCAGUUCCAGGAACAGCAGAAGAAGAAUAAGGAAGAUUUUGAGGCCAAGAUGGCACAACUGAAGGCCGAGGCAAAGAACGAGUCCGGCUCGGACACUAGCGGAACGGAGAAGGAAUCCAGUUCGUCGGAUGAUGAGCAGGAAAAAGCGGAAGUAGAACCACCCAAGCAGCUACGGGGGCCAACGAAGGCGCAGCUUACAGCCCGCCAGUUCUUGGCCAGAAAACUGCCCGUAUUCACUGGACGCUGCGAGGAGUGGCCAAUGUUUAUAAGCAGCUACGAGACGUCGAACCUGGCCUGCGGAUUUUCGAACGUCGAGAACCUCGCCAGACUGCAAGACAGCAUUCGGGAGCCAGCGUUGACCAACGUGCGCAGCCUACUGUUGCUGCCCGAGAAGGUCCCGGCGGCGAUCGAAACUCUUCGCAUGCUGUACGGCCGGCCCGAACAGCUUCUCAACACGCUGCUGAUCAAGGUACGGAAGGCUGACUCUCCCAGGUCGGAUCGUCUGGAGUCGUUCAUUUACUUCGGCGUCGUGGUCCAGCAGCUCGUAGACCACCUCGAGGCCACCCACAUGAACGAUCACCUGGUCAACCCACUGUUGAUCCGAGAGCUGGUGGAGAAACUACCCGCCGGGUCGAAACUCGAAUGGAUUCGGUUCAAGAAGCUGAAGAAGCACGUCUCGCUCCGAACUUUCGCUGACUUCCUAUCGGACAUCGUGACUGACGCUAGCGAGGCCACACUGUUCACCGAACCGCAGCUGCAACAUCAGCCGCAGUCUCGCAGAGACGCCAAACCAAAAGCUGGAUCCAGAACGCACGAAAGCUACCUUCACACUCACGCUGCUGCGGAGAAUAGCGGAGACACAAACCAUGCCGGUGUAAACAACAAAAGACCAUGCAGGAUUUGUGAUCGCACCGACCAUCGAGUCCGCAACUGUGAGAAGUUCAAGCAGCUGAAAUUGGAGGAUCGUUUGGACGCAGUCAAGAAGUGGCAACUCUGCAAGCUGUGCCUGAAUGAGCACGGGUCUGCCCGCUGCUGGAUGAACUUCAGGUGCAACGUGGGAAACUGCAAGGAACGGCACAACGCACUUCUGCACAGCGACGUCCCUGCAACGGUCGUCAACUGCAACGCUCACGAUGUGCGGACCAGACAACCGGUGAUCUUCAGGAUGAUUCCGGUCACGCUGUACAACGGCGGCAGAUCGGUCAACAUUAUCGCGUUUCUGGACGAGGGAGCUUCGUACACGUUGGUGGACGAGUCCAUCACGAAGUUGCUGAACGUCCGCGGCGCAGUUCAACCGCUGCGCAUUAUGUGGACCGCUGGAAGGGUGUCGACUCAGUUCCAGAUCAAGAACGCCCACACCGUGAACGAGCUGAAGCUUCCGGAACAAACCGUGUGCUUCGCCGACGUCGUCAAGGAGUACAAUCAUCUGCACGAUCUCCCGGUGGCAGAUUACCGCGGCGCGCCGAAGAUCUUGAUUGGCUUGAAGGAUCUGCACCUGUACGCGCCUCUCGAGUCUCGCAUCGGCGGCGCUGGAGAACCAAUCGCUGUAAAGUCGAAACUUGGAUGGACGAUCUACGGUCCCCACGAGAACAACGCGCCAGCAGCUGGAUUCGUAGGUCAUCAUGCUUGUCACCAAGUCUCUAACCAAGCCCUGCAUGAUCUCCUGAAGAACCAGUACCUCCUUGAGGAAACUGACAUCUCCAUGGCGCUGCUGCCAGAAUCGGACGAGGACAAGCGAGCCAGGUCGAUUCUGGAGUCAACGACGGUGCGGAACGGAGAUCGAUACGAAACCGGCCUGUUAUGGAAAGCGGACGACACAAGUUUCCCCGACAGCUACGUGAUGGCGCUGAAAAGGUUGAAAUCCCUGGAAAGAAAGCUGCUGAAGAACGACUCGCUGUACGACAACGUGCGGCGCCAAAUCGUCGAGUAUCAACAGAAGGGCUACGCGCACAAGGCCUCCCAGCAAGAACUGGCUGCGUGCGAUCCGCGAAAGGUGUGGUACUUGCCGCUGAACGUGGUGACGCACCCCAAGAAGCCGGAGAAAGUACGUCUCGUGUGGGACGCGGCCGCUACUGUGGCGGGAGUCUCGCUCAACAGCCAGCUGCUCAAGGGGCCGGACAUGCUAACGUCGCUUCCUUCCGUGAUCUUUCGAUUCCGUGAACGUCCUGUCGGAUUCGGUGGUGAUAUCAGGGAAAUGUAUCACCAGCUGCGCAUACGAAAGGAGGAUACAAACGCCCAGAGGUUCCUGUUCCGGAACGACCCAACGGCCGAGCCUGAGGUGUACAUCAUGGACGUCGCCACCUUCGGGGCAACUUGCUCGCCGUGUGCCGCGCAGUUUGUGAAAAACAAGAACGCGGAGGAGUUCUCGAAGCAGUAUCCCGCGGCGGCGAAGGCAAUCGUGGAGAACCAUUAUGUUGACGACUACUACGACAGCGCGUCGACGGUCGACGAAGCGAUUCAGCGGGCGAAGGAGGUCAGAUUCAUCCACUCGAAAGCGGGCUUCGAGAUCCGUAAUUGGGUGGCCAGUUCAAGUGAGGUUGUCCGCGCGCUGGGCGAGAAGGAAGCCGAUCAGAAAGUUCAUCUCAGCCAAAACAAGACGACCGGUUACGAACGAGUGCUGGGCAUUGUGUGGAACACGAGCACCGACGAGUUCUUGUUCUCGGCCGAGAUGAGAGAGGAUCUGGAGCGGUACUUGAAAGGAGAGCUGCGGCCCACGAAGCGGGUGGUGUCGAGCUGCGUAAUGAGCCUGUUCGACCCUCAAGGUUUUCUGAUCUCGUUCACGAUCUUCGGGCGGAUUUUGAUCCAGGACUUGUGGCGGGCUGGCUGUGAUUGGGACAAGGCGGUCGACGACGAAGCCUGGGAGAAAUGGAAGCGCUGGGUGAGUCGCCUGCAAGAAGUCGAAGGCGUUCGAAUCCCGCGGUACUACUUCCAGGGCGCGCACGAUCUGAACUACGAGACGUUGGAGCUUCAUGUGUUCUGCGACGCGAGUCAGUGCGCUUACGGUGCUGUCGCCUUCUUCUGGAUUAUGUCGUCGAUGGGCCCAAUCUGCGCGCUCGUGUCCGGGAAGUCAAAAGUGGCACCGCUGAAGCUGCUCAGCAUCCCACGCUUGGAACUGCAGUCAGAUGUGGUCGGUUCGAGACUCAUGAACUUCGUGCAGGAGAACCACACCCUCAAGAUUGCGGAACGGUUCAUCUGGUCAGACUCUGAAGUUGCUUUGUCGUGGAUCCAUUCUGACCAGCGAAAGUAUAAGCAAUUCGUUGCCUUUCGCGUCGGCGAAAUUCUGACACUGACCAAGCAGAGCGAGUGGCGGAAGGUGCCAUCAAAGCUGAAUCUGGCAGACAUGCUCACCAAGUGGGACAAAAAGCACAGUUUCGGGCCGGACGGGCCAUGGUCACGAGCGCCGGAAUUCAUCGAAGAAGCCAAGAGACUGUGGGCCAUCUCGAAGCAGCAGGUGCAGCUGAACACGCCCGAGGAGAUGCGAGCGAGUGUGCUGUACCACAGCAUCAUUGUCACCGAGCAAAUCAUCGAUCCUCAAAACUUCUCUCGCUGGACGGUGAUGGUAAGAUCCGUGGCGUGCCUGGCUCGAUUUCGCUCCAAUUGUCGCAGAAAAGCAAAGAGUUUGCCGAUCGAAGCACUUCCCCUUUCGAAGGCGAUGAAGGGGCUCGUGAAAAGGACCGUGCCAGCAGUUCCAGUCCCGCUGAAGAGGGAAGAAUACCAGAUGGCGGAAACAUACUUGUGGAGAUGGGCGCAAGCGGACUACUUCCCGGACGAGGUGACAACCCUUCUUAAAAACCUCGAACUCCCCGCGGACAAGAAGCUACCCCUGGAGAAGAGCAGCGUGCUGUACAAGCUGACCCCGUUCCUGGAUGAGCAGAAAGUGAUGCGAGUUGACGGUCGACUUGAGCGAGCUACCAUGAUUCCGUUUGAGGUUCGCUUUCCCGUCAUCCUGCCCAAAGGUCAUCCAGUGACAACGAAGCUGCUGGAGUACUAUCACCAGAAGAUGGGCCACGCGUACUUCGAGACGGCAAUCAACGAGCUUCGGCAGCGUUUCUUUAUCCCGAACCUACGAGCCGAGCUGAAGCGGGUGAUGACGGCGUGCGUGAAGUGCAAGGUGGAGAAAAGCGUACCGGCGAUCCCGAGAAUGGCACCACUUCCAGUCCAGCGUGUGACUCCACAUCAGCGGGCGUUCAGCUACACCGGGGUCGACUACUUCGGCCCAGUAGCAGUGACGGUCGGGCGGCGUUCCGAAAAGCGUUGGGUCAGCCUCUUCACGUGUUUGACCACGCGUGCCAUCCAUCUAGAAGUCGUGCAUAGCUUGACCACACAGUCGUGCGUCAUGGCUAUCAGACGAUUCGCUUGCCGGAGAGGAAUGCCCAUCGAGUUCUUUAGCGACAACGGCACGAACUUCCAGGGCGCGAGUAAGGAGAUCGUACGCGUGGACGCGGAAUGCAGAGAAGAGUUCACCGACGCCAGAACGAGCUGGAACUUCAACCCACCAUCAGCGCCGCACAUGGGCGGGGCCUGGGAGAGGCUUGUGAGGUCGGUCAAGGAAGCUCUGAAGGCGUUCGACGACGGGAGGAAGCUGACGGACGAGGUGUUGCUGACCAGUUUGGCGGAAGCGGAGGAUCUCAUCAACACACGUCCGCUGACGUAUCUGUCAUCCGAAGCAGGAUCAACCGAAGCUCUUACGCCCAACCAUUUCUUGCGAGGAGUGACGGCCAACGAUGGAGCUCAACGCGCCGAACCGACCAGUCCAGCUGAAGCUCUCCGAGACAGCUACAAGCGGUCGCAACUCCUUGCUGACUGUUUUUGGAAACGCUGGAUUGCGGAGUACCUUCCGACCCUGAACCAACGGACGAAGUGGCACGCGGAGGCGGAGCCUAUCGCAUGUGGAGAUGUCGUCUACGUCUUGGAAGGCGCUAACCGCGCCAACUGGGUCCGGGGCAUCGUGACGGAGGUCUUCAAGGGUGCCGAUGGACGCAUUCGGCAGGCGAUGGUGAGGACAAGCAGAGGAGAGCUGAAGCGGCCGGUUAGCAAACUGGCGGUGCUAGAGAUUCAGGAGCGUAAAACUGGUGCGAAGGAGGCUCCUCCCACCAGAGUUACGGGUCGGGGCGAUGUUGGCACCGCGAUGAACCAUCCUAGCGCAGCACGUGAAACACGACAGGCAAAAGGGAACGCACAAUAA